AUGGUUGAUCUCCAAGACAUCAUCAGAUGGCAGACAUCACGGUCCGAGGUCCUGCUUUUCGGACCCCUUGCCCUGUCCUUCGACAGCGCUGCCUUUGACCAGCUGCGGAAGGCCAUCGGCGAGAAUACGGAACAACACUGGGCAUUGGAGGCCCUGAGCAACCUUCCUCAGUACUAUACGACCAUCGCUGCAGCUCUUCCCGGGGUCAAAACCAACUCUGGCCUCCAACAACUCGAAGAUCUCAAAGGAGCCCUGCAUAGUGGGAAGCCUCUCGCAACCACAUUCCCCCUCCCCAAUAGUCUUCUUAUCCCGCUUAUUGUUGUUCUUCACUUGACUCAAUACUCUAUGUUUCUUGACCGUACUAGUGCAGAGGUCGACUCCGGCAUUGACAGGUAUGCUGUCUCUCAUCACAACAAAGAGACCGUUGGCUUCUGCACUGGGCUCCUCAGCGCCAUGGCAGUAUCUAGCGCGAGCAAUCGGACAGAGUUCUAUAAGUAUGCGGCUGUUGCGGUCCGCCUCGGACUGCUCGUGGGUAUGGCAGUAGAUGCUCAAGAUGCAUCCUCUGGUCGGAGCAAGUCCUUCAGCGCUUGCUGGAAUUCGUCUGAGAAACGUGAACAGGCCCAACGCAUAAUGGAAGGCUUCCCUGAGGCGUACAUCUCUGUCCACUAUGAUGAGGAUCGUGCGACUAUCACCGCGCCAGCCUACACCAUUAUCGAUCUACAACAGCGCCUUCGAGCCUCCGAGAUCGUGACGGCGGAGGUGGGCCUAAAUGGGCGCUUCCACGCUGAAAUCUAUCAAGAUCAAGUGACAUCGAUUGUUCGUUUCUGCGACUCGCAUCUUGACUUCCAGCUUCCGAAUGCAUCCAAAGCUGUUAUUGCCACACGCUCCAAUGCCAACGGUAAGUUUGUGCGUGAAGGGCCCCUGCACGAACACGCUUUGCGGUCUAUCCUGAGCGAACCCCCGCAGUGGUUCAAGACAUUCGCUGCUGUGCGCGACGCCGUCAUGAAGGACGAGCAGACAAUUAUUUUGUCCUUCGGCUCCGAGCGCUGCGUUCCACCAUCUCUUCUGCGGAGCCUGAACCAGAGGGUCGUGACCGUGGCAGAGCUUGACAUCUUUACAAAGGAUCACUACGUUUACUCCGAUAAUGACAUAGCCGUGGUCGGAAUGUCAUGCAAGGUGGCUGGUGCGGACAACCUCGAGGAGUUCUGGGACUUGUUAUGCUCCGGAAAGUCCCAACAUAAGGAGGUUCCGAAAGAACGAUUCGGGUUCGAAACUGUUUUCCGUAAAGCUGAUCCAAAGAGGAAAUGGUUUGGUAAUUUCAUCGACGGGCAUGAUCAAUUCGACCACAAGUUCUUCAAGAAGAGCCCCCGCGAAAGUGCAACGAUGGACCCCCAACAGCGCCACUUACUUCAGAUCGCCUACCAGGCGGUCGAACAAUCUGGAUAUUUUCAUUCUUCCAAUCCUGACAAGCAGGUUGGUUGUUACAUGGGGGUUUGUGCCUGUGACUAUGAAAAUAACAUUGCCUGUCAUGCCCCCAAUGCGUUCUCUGCCACUGGAAAUCUCCAAGGCUUCAUCGCGGGCAAAGUCAGCCAUUUCUUUGGAUGGACCGGACCCGGCCUCACCAUUGACACUGCCUGUUCAUCCUCGGCUGUAGCUGUGCAUCAAGCGUGCAAGGCGAUUAUCACUGGAGAGUGCACUGCUGCCUUGGCUGGCGGCACGCACGUCAUGACAAACCCUUUGUGGUUCCAGAACCUUGCAGGAGCCUCAUUCCUCAGCACUACAGGACAGUGCAAGCCUUUUGAUGCAAAGGCAGACGGCUACUGCCGAGGCGAGGGUAUUGCGACCGUGUUCCUGAAGAAGCUCUCUGCUGCAGUUGCCGAUGGGGACCAGAUCCUCGGUGUCAUUACAGCCACCGCGGUGCAGCAGAACCAGAACUGCACUCCUAUUUUCGUGCCCAAUGUGCCGUCUCUCUCGGACCUCUUCCACGUCGUGGUGAAGAAGUCCCGACUCCACCCUACGGACGUCACGGUAGUUGAGGCCCAUGGCACUGGAACUGCUGUCGGCGACCCGGCUGAGUAUGACAGCAUUCGGUCAAUGCUCGGUGGCUCGAGUCGACAAAAGACACUAGCCCUCGGCUCUGUCAAGGGCCUGGUCGGCCAUAUUGAGUGUACUUCCGGUAUCGUCUCUUUAAUCAAGGUGCUGCUCAUGCUGCAGAAACGAAUGAUCCCUCCCCAGGCUAGCUACACCACCAUCAAUCCGGCGAUAAACGCCACACCUGCGGACAAGAUCAACAUCCCAACAGCCCUUCAAAACUGGGAUUCGGAUUUCCGCGCGGCACUUAUUAAUAAUUAUGGUGCGUCUGGGUCUAACGCCUCCAUGGUUGUCGCCCAACCACCCGCUGUUAGCCUUCAGCGAAGCUCAGAAGUUCCUGGUCUUAGGUAUCCGUUCAGGUUCUGCGGUCUCGACGACCAAAGCCUGAGCCGAUACUCGAAGAUCUUCCGGAAAUUUCUUAGUCGAAAGAGCUACUCUAUCCAGGAUCUGUCGCUGCCGAAUAUCUCCUUUAACUUGAAUCGCCAGAGCAACCGCCAGCUAGACCGGACUCUACUCUUCAGCGUCCAGUCGUUAGAUGAACUUGAGCGGAAGCUCAUGGGAUUUGAGAAUGGCGAUGACAGUGUGGCAUCACUCACACUGCCCAAGUCGAGGCCAGUCGUCCUCUGCUUUGGAGGCCAAGUAUCAACCUUCGUUGGUCUGGAUCGCACGGUGUACGACCGCGUGGCUGUGUUCAGGAAGCACCUCAAUACUGUUGACGCAGUCGCUUGCUCCAUUGGGGUUAAGAGCAUCUUCCCGGCCAUCUUUGAAAGCACACCCAUCAGCGACACUGCCCACCUACAGAUCAUGUUGUUUGCAUCCCAAUAUGCCUGUGCCCGCAGUUGGAUUGACUCCGGCAUUGAGCCUGUCGCUGUGGUCGGCCAUAGUUUCGGUGAACUCACUGGCCUUUGUGUUUCUCAGACAUUGUCGCUUGUGGACGCUGUUAAGUUGAUCGCAGGCCGUGCAACCCUGAUCCGGGACGCAUGGGGCCCAGAGAAAGGUUCUAUGCUCGCAGUCGAGGCAGAUCGGGCCGAUGUAGAGAAACUGCUCGUUGAAUCUAGCGCGGCAUGUCGAGAUGUAAAGCCUGCCACGAUUGCCUGUUAUAAUGGACCGCGAAGCUUCACUCUUGCUGGAUCAGUUGCCGCCAUUGACACAGUGGCCGAUACCAUUUGCAAGCCUGCCUUCUCAUCCAUGAAGAAUAAGCGGCUGAACGUGACGAAUGCCUUCCACUGCGCUCUUCUCGACCCUCUUCUUGAUCGCCUUGAGGAGAGUGCCAAGGGACUCACAUUCCGUGAGCCUGUGAUUGCUGUCGAGAGAGCAACGGAGUCCUAUACAGCGGAAAAGCUUACCCCCAGAUUUGUUGCUGACCAUAUCCGUUCUCCGGUGUUCUUCAAUCAUGCCAUCCAGAGGCUGGCUCAGAAAUACCCUUCUUGCGUCUUCUUGGAGGCAGGUUCCAAUUCGACUGUCACGAACAUGGCUGCUCGUGCACUCGGCAAUCCAAGUAGCUCCCACUUCCAAGCCGUCAAUAUCACCAGCCAGAACGGGUGGAAUAACCUGGUAGAUGCCACUACAUGCCUGUGGAAGGCUGGGUUGAGCGUUCAUUUCUGGGCCCAUCAGUCCACCCAGACAAAGGAGCAUGCUCUUCUUUUGUUACCUCCGUAUCAAUUCGAGGAUUCACGUCACUGGACCGAGCUCAAGAGUGCUCCGACACUGUUGGAGGCGCCUGCAGUGGCUGACAUCAAGAAAGAAGACUGCAAAUUGCCUGACAAUCUACUCACCUUCGUCGGUUACCAAGACAGUGGCAAGCAUCUGGCCAAAUUCCGGGUCAACACCAUGAUAUCCAAGUACGACAAGCUAAUCCAAGGACACAUCAUCGCACAGACAGAGCCCAUCUGUCCUGCAACCGUUCAACUCGACCUGGUCAUCGAGGCUAUCCGGACUAUUCGAUCGGAACUUGCGGUCGCUGGUCUGGAGCCUCAGAUUCACUCUGUCGAAAACUUGGCCCCCAUCUGCGUAAACCCGUUGCGCUCUGUCUGGGUUGAAAUAACGGCCGACGACGUAGCCCAGGGUACAUCUUGGGGGUUUCAGGUCUACAGCGAUGAUAUCCAGAACGGGUUCUCCAAGACGGUCCAUACGACAGGCCGAGUCAUCUUCCGUUCUCUGAAUGAUGUGUCUCUGAAGUACGAAUUUGCUCGGUUUGAGCGACAUUUCAGCCACCAGCGGUGUGUUGACCUCAUGGGGAGUGGGGAGGUCGAUGAAGUCCUGCAGAACAGGAAUAUCUACAGGAUGUUUGCAGAAAUCGUCGAUUACGGAGAAGACUACCGUGGACUGCAGAAGCUCGUUAGCAAGGGUAAUCAGUCCGCGGGAUAUGUCGUCAAGAAGUACAAUCCCGAGUCCUGGCUUGAUGGGCAUCUGGCCGACAGCUUCUGCCAGGUUGGAGGUAUCUACGUCAAUUGCAUGACAGAUAGGGCUCCUGCCGACAUGUUCAUCGCCAAUGGUAUUGAACAGUGGAUUCGCUCUCCGAGGCUGCGCCAGCAGGAUCCUCGGCCAGAGUCUUACCAUGUCCUGGCAACUCACCAUCGCCCAUCUGAAAAGGCAUUCCUGACAGACGUGUUUGCCUUUGACUCAAGCACUGGAGCUCUGGUCGAGGUUAUCCUUGGCAUUAGUUAUGUCAAGAUUCCGAAAGCCUCCAUGAGCAAGUUACUUUCCCGGCUCACGGUCAGAGAUACUUCCCACAGAUCCAGUAACGUCCCUGCUCCAUUAGAGCCCGCUACUGUAGACCUGUUUGGGAUCCCAGAGAGCCUUAGCACUCCACUACUGUCUGUGACUCCACCUCAAUUGUCUGUUCCUUCUAUCAAGCUGUCAAAGGUUAAGCCGGUGAAAGAGGAGAAAUCGAACAAGGCCCAAAUCGCGCAAAAAGUGAAGGCAAUCCUCGCGGAUCUCUCUGGUCUUGAGCUCGCAGAGAUCAAAGAUGGCAGCGAACUCGCCGACCUCGGUAUUGACUCUCUGAUGGGUAUGGAGAUGGCACACGAGAUCGAGAAGGCAUUCACUAUCUCACUUCCAGAGAGCGAUCUCAUGGAAGUUGUAGACAUUCCCAGCUUGCUAAAGUGCGUGCAAAAGGCUGUGGGAGGUGAUGGCUGUGAAAGUGCCGAGCAGAGCGCGUACGAGUCGGCAGAGAGUGACGACAAAUCCACCGACUACACUACCCCUAGUACUCCGGCUGAAGAACCACUUGACAUGGACAAGUCCACACAAGUGUUCUUGGGGCACGAUGAUGCCAAGUUGGAACUUCCAUUCGCGACGGUUAUGGAAGCCUUCAAUGAGACUAAGAGCCUGACUGAUGAUAGAAUCGCGGAGUAUCAGCAGACUCGCUACGUGGAAAGCGUCCUUCCAAUGCAGGAUGAUAUGUGCAUUGCCCUUGUCCUUGAGGCAUUUGACCAACUCGAUGUUAAGAUUCGAGAUGCACCGACUGGGCAAAAGUUCGCACGCAUCUCGCAUCCAAAGAAGCAUACCCGACUGGUUGACUACCUGUACAAAAUGCUAGAGGAUGCAGGUCUCAUCAACAUCGAUGGAGAGGUCAUCACUCGAACCGCCAUCCAGGCUCCACGGCCCAGCAAAGAGAUCUUUGAUGAGCUGGUUUCUGGCUAUCCCGACCAGAACGGCGCCGACAAGCUCACCUUCUACACCGGAUCUCACCUCGCGGAGGUGCUACGUGGCGAGAUAGAUGGAAUUAAGUUGAUCUUCGGUACACAAGAUGGACGGGACCUUGUUUCCAACCUAUACGGAGACUGGCCCAUCAACCGGCUCUUCUACCGUCAAAUGGAAGACUUCCUGGAGAGGCUUACUUCUAAGCUGGACAUGAGCCAGGGUUCGAUCAAGAUCCUGGAGAUGGGUGCAGGAACUGGAGGAACCACCAAAUGGCUUGCUCCACUCCUAGCCCAGCUUAACGUACCUGUUGAAUACACGUUUACAGAUCUCGCCCCAUCCUUCGUGGCUGCUGCCCGCAAGAAGUUCUCCAAGCAGUACCCGUUCAUGAAGUUCCGGACUCACGACAUUGAGAAGGACCCUGCGGAUGAUCUUAUUGGCACUCAGCACAUUAUCAUCGCGAGUAACGCCGUCCAUGCUACGCAUAGUCUCACUGAAUCCGGAAAGAACAUCCGCAAGGCUUUGCGACCCGACGGGUUCCUGAUGAUCCUUGAAAUGACCGAAAGGCUCUACUGGGUGGACAUCACCUUCGGACUUUUUGAAGGUUGGUGGUACUUUGACGACGGCCGCACCCACGCAGUGACACACGAAUCUCGGUGGGAGAAGGACCUACACUCCGCUGGAUACGGCCAUGUCGACUGGACUGAUGGCGUGCGCCCCGAGAACAAGCUGGAGAGGCUCAUCAUCGCCUUCGCAUCGGGCGCGAGGUAUGAACGACUUCACAAUUCCCGCCCUCUAGAAAGUCCUUCGGCUGACUGUGCAGCACGAAAAACAGUGGUCGAUAGAUACGUGCAGGAGAUGACGGCCGGAUUCGGGACUGCCACAGGGGAUAUUUCGUCAGUCACUAUCCCUAGUCAAGGUUCCGAGGGUCGGUGCGUCCUAGUUACAGGUGCCACUGGUAGUCUGGGAUGCCAUCUCGUUGCGGAAUUCGCCUCCCUCGUCGACGUCUCCAGCGUGGUAUGUCUUAACCGUCGCAGUCGCCAACACCCUCUCGAGCGUCAACACCGGUCGCUUCUUCAGAAGGGAAUCUUCCUUUGUGAGGAGGCUGCUAUCAAGCUCAAAGUGUUAGAGACCGACCUGGCAAAGCCUAGACUUGGUCUCACCGAAGAAGAAUACGAAAACCUCCUCAAUAGCGUUACCCACAUAGUUCAUAACGCCUGGCUUAUGAAUGCCAAAUGGCCUCUAAAAAAAUUCGAACCUCAGCUUCAGAUCAUGCGCAACUUACUAAACCUCGCCCACGGUAUCUCCCUGCGCCGACCGACAGAGAAAGUGUCCUUCCAAUUCAUCUCUUCCAUCGCCACUGUCGGACACUGGCCCCUUUGGACAGGCAAGCGAAGCGUCCCCGAACAACAUAUGACAAUCGACUCAGUCCUUCCCACAGGUUACGGAGACGCCAAAUACAUCUGCGAGCGUAUGAUCUACGAAACUCUCCAUCAACAUCCAGAUCGAUUCCGCGCCAUGGUGGUACGCCUCGGGCAAGUCGCCGGCUCGAGCAUCAGCGGGUACUGGAAUCCUAUGGAGCAUCUUUCCUUCCUCAUCAAAUCGUCUCAGACUUUGAACGCUCUGCCUGAUUUCGACGGUGUCCUCUCAUGGACCCCCGUGGAUGGGGUUGCGGGCGUACUCGUCGAUCUCAUCUCCCUACCAGACGACAAAUCCCCGUAUCCCGUCUACCACAUCGACAAUCCGGUCCGCCAGCCAUGGAAGGAGAUGUCGUCUGUGCUUGCGGAUACCUUGCAUAUCCCUAGAGCAAAUAUCAUUCCUUUCGAGGACUGGAUGCAACGUGUCAAAGACUAUCCACGUCAGGUUGAAGGUCCAGAGGGAGAGAAUCCAGCGAUUCUGUUGGUCGACUUCCUUGAUGCCAAUUUUAUUCGUAUGUCCUGUGGAGGACUUCUUCUGGAAACCAAGAAGUCCCGGGAGCAUUCGAGCACUCUGGCCAAUAUGGGACCGGUCAAUGAAGAAACCACGAAGCUGUUCAUCAAAAGUUGGAAGGAUAUGGGAUUUUUGAAUUCAUAA